AGCGUUUUGUUUACCUUUAUCAUAGAGAGUCGAGGCGGUGGUGGUGGAGGACUGGUGGUGAUGCCUUGACAACUUAUAACAUUACCUCAAGGCUGACAUAACACAAGAGGUCACAAGGAAGUUCCGUGAUUCAGUUUUAUCAAGUAAUCAACAAAUUGUAGUGAAAUGGAUCGUAAAGGCCCCCGUGGAACUAAGCCCAAGAACAUGCCACUCCCAGGUAACCUCAUCACCCUCGGGAACAAGUCUGGGAGAGGUGACGCCCAGAGUGAUAAAACCUCCAGUCAUGGGUCGUCUUUUGCCCCAAGUAAAACAUCUGGAGGCUCUGGCGACAGAGUUCGAGAUGGAGGAACUGGGACAUCUGGCAUGCUAGGGAAGAAGCCCAAGGCAGGAUUUGGAGGUGGACCUGGUGUUGUGCGACCUGGUGUAUCAAAGCCGACUUCUGUAGACAUGGUCAACUUACUCAGUGAGGAAUGGGAAACUGGAGCAACAGAGGUGGACCCCAAUGAUCUUAUUCCUUUCAUAGAGGCUGGGGAAGAAUAUGGAGACAGUACUGAGAUGUAUUUAUGUGGUGCUGUCAAGAGUCUUCGCUCUCAGAGAACAAAGCCAGACAACUUGCUGUGUUUCUCUCUAAUGUAUCUGGUUAAAGUUAAACCUCAUCUGUUCAGUAGAUCAAAAAUGGUGGUGGAAGCUUUCUGUUCCCUCUUAAAAAGAGAUCAUUCAAUGACCUAUAAGUCAAAGGGAAAUGCAGCUGUGUCUGUAUUAGCGGCAAACAUUCUUCUGGCGGCCUUCCAAGAAGAAAAAUCGUGGCCUCAAAUAUUUGUACGCGUUUACAUGGAAGAUUCUCUCGGAGAGCGCGUGUGGGUUGACCACGAGGACUGUAAAGGCUUUGUGGAUAACAUUGCCACAGCCUUUAGGACAAAGUUGCCCCCAAAAAGCCUUCUUUAUCCUGACCUUGGAAUGGGGAGUCGACAAGACUGUCCUUCACCCCCGGUGUCUGGAGGCUCAGGUGGGGCAGACUCUGGUGAUGGUGACUCAGAGUUGUCUCUCGAGUGUAAAGAGAGUCUAGAUGUUAGUGUUACUAACAGAUAUGCAGAGUCAAUGCAAGACAUAGAAGAAAUGGUGAUGGAAGCUGUACAACACCAGCUUGGGGUGAGACACCAGAGCCCUGAUGCUGUAGCCCGUAAUUUCAUCCGUUUUCUGUCAUCUGUUUGUGGCAUUCUGGAAGUGCGAAGGCACGUUGCUCCAAGACUAGAGAUGUGGCUGCAGAGUCCAAAAUUGCAAAGACCAGCCACAGAGCUUCUCAUGUCAUUAUGUCUGAACUGCAACACUCACUCACAGUUAGAUGUGGAGUGCAUCAGCCACAUAAUACGUAUCCGCUUAAAACACAAACCUCUCAUCAACCAAUACAUGUCGUGCCUGAAGGAACUUCUUGCUGCCCAUGCUGACAACAUUCCCUCAGUCAUGAAACAUACAUUGUAUAAUGAACUAUCUCAAGCCAGAAACCCAAGCAAUAUGUCAAUCCUGUCUGUAAUUUUUCAGUUUGCACCAGAACAUGCUGCUAUUAUACUGGCAGAGGAGUUCCAGGAGCUUCUAUGUAACAGAGAAGAUUUUCUUAGAGCUCUCAGAGCUCUCUUGCGAGAGAUUGUACGUGCUUUGCGGCAUGACAUGCAGUUUCAAAAGUUUUGUCAAGGACUCAUGAAAGAUCGUAAGGAUCCAUCAUUCAGAGAGAGUUUUGAAUUUAAAGAGAGAAUGUUUCACAGUAUCACAGACCUUAUAGUGCUAACUGUUUUUGUAGCCAUAUCUCCACAGGUCAGAGAAAGUGCUGCUCAGAUGUACCGCGGCGAACACAGAGAUCCUGAAUCGGUGAGACGAUAUCAGGAAAUGGUGGCUUCCAUACAGAGAGAUGCAAUUCACUGGCUUUACAGAGUGGUUCCAAAGUGUUACAACCCAAGCAAGGAAGAGUUUAACCGCAGCCUUCAUAAAAUUCUUAUGUUUGAGCAGGCAGAAGUAUACUUCAUAAAGGACAACUGGCCCACAGAAAAUGACAGACCACUCUACUUCAGAUUAACCUCAGAAAUUCCUGUGAAACAAGAAACUGUGACACGAAUGCUUAUGAUAGCUGUAAUGAAGGACCAGUGGAUGAAGUCUCAAGAUUUGUUAGAAUCAGUUGAUAAGCUUAUUAAGAGAGCCACAGCUCUUCAUAAUGAUGAUAUGGAAGUGUUACACCUCGACGACAUAAAGAUUGUAGAACUGAUAUUCAACCUUUGUCCUUACAUACCUCCAGAAAAUUCUCCUCUGCCUCAAGGGUACCGGCCUCCGAAGACUGCCAUUGCUAAUUUGUAUUGGAAGUCAUGGAUAAUGUUGCUGCUCAUAACAGCACAUAAUCCUUCUGUAUUUGGGCUCUUGGCGUGGGAGUCUUACCCAACUCUGCGUACACUCAUGGAAAUGUGUAUCACAAAUUCUUUUGUGUUCCCGCCACCUACUUUAGCAUCUGGAGAGAAAGGUGAGGAGAUGACUACUCAGGAAAUACAUCUCUUUGCUAUUGAACGUCAGCACAUCUUGGAUUUUGAAUCUCAUUUAGCUCAGAAGACCAUUACAGAACAAAACAGCCUUCUUCUUAGUCAGCUGAUAACCAUGGACCCGACCGGACCAGCUCGUAAACCUCCUGUUAUUGUGUUAGAGCAACUGAAGUCUCUUAAUACUUCCCACAAAAUUGGUCAUCUGCUCUGUCGCAGUAGAAGUCCUGACUUCUUGGUAGACAUAAUUCAGCGUCAAGGAGCUUCUCAGAGCAUGCCGUGGUUGGCAGAACUGGUACAGAGCAGUGAAGGUGCCUUUUCUGUUCUACCAGUUCAGUGUUUAUGUGAGUUUCUCUUAAGUGAAGCUGGUACAGGUAGUGGUGGAGGAGAAGGUGCAACGAGACAUCAUCAACUGCUGCAGCACUUGCGUUCUCUGCUGCGUGCACCCCGUCAAGAAGAUGGCGUCAGUGUUGAAAUUUUAGAAUAUUUUUUGAGGCGCUUAAGUUCACAACAAGCUUUGGCCCGCACACAAGCUGUACGUGGACUGCAGUUAGUGGUUGCACCUAUCAAUGACCCAAUGGAGAUAGAUGGUGACUCUCAUACACCACAUGCUUGGCUGCUCCAACAUCUUCCCAACCUACCAGGGUUUGAUCUGGUUCAAGGAGUUGCCAGUCAAGCUCUUCGUGCCGCUUGCCAGAUUGAAACUGACCCCCAUGCUGUUAGUGCUUAUAUUCGAUUUUUGGCUGUACACACUAGAGAUGACCCACUUCAAGAUCAGGCAGAAUUAGUGCAAGACAUGGCACAACUGAUUGUGGAGAGAUGCACCAUGAUUUCUGCUAUAUUACCAAUGCCAGACCGUCCAAAUCAACCAUUUGCUAAUGCCCACAGCACCCUCAAAGCCUUACUGAUCAUUUUCAUAAACUACAUGCGAGGAGUCAGGUUGCCACCGCGAGAAUCCUUCACAUGGUCAGAGAGUCAGGAUCAGGUGCGUGUACAGUGGGCAUCAGGUGAACAGGCAGUCAUGCAUAUACUUGUGGUUCAUGCUAUGGUGAUUCUCCUGACUCAUGGUCCAGACAACAGUCCUGAUCUCUUUCAUGAAUUACUAACUACUUGGUUCCCAGAGCAAGAGGAAAUGCCACAGGCCUUUCUGGUAGACACCUCAGAGGAAGCUCUCCUCCUUCCAGAUUGGCUCAAACUGAAAAUGAUAAGAUCCACCGUCCCUCAGCUCGUUGAUGCUGCUUUAAAGGAUUUGGAGCCAUCUCAGUUGGUACUGUUCAUACAGUCCUUUGGGAUACCUGUGGCAAGCAUGACCAAGUUGUUGUGUGCUCUAGAUGUUGCUGUUAAAACAAAUGAUGAAGCUGUGGCUGCUGCAGUGUUAGACAAGAGCCAUAAAACAUACAUGGCUCAGUUAGUUGAGGUUCAACACCAGCGAGGAGCAAAGGGAGGUCAUGCCUUUGCUGCGACACUUGGCGAACGUGAUGAUAUGGAUGUAGUAGGAGAGCGACCUCCCCAUAUUCUCCCACUGGUGACUCCUCUCAAGGUGUCACAGCCACUGCAUACAGAAUUAAGCAAGAGUGAAGUGCAGUCUUUUGUGCUACAGUGUUUCACCAUUGAAGUUCUUCACCGAGAGCACAAGAAACAGGUCCAAGAUACAAUGCGUGUAUUGCAGCGCCAUUUUAGCAGGGAAAUUAGUAGACAGGACCCAGAAGGUCCUUACAUAAAUGAAUUCCUCAGUAGUCUCAAUGCCAUCAUGCACUCACCGCAACAUGCUCCAACUUUUGUGGCUGGGCUACAUGACCACUACGUCCACUCAGCAUCACUGUUCCGUUUGCUGAAGAGCUUGGACAAUAAGAAAGGAUGUGAAAACCUGUAUGGCCGCACAUGCCAGCUGGUUGCCAUUAUCCUGAGAAUGGCACCUAAUAGGAAGUCUCCCUUGACACAUGUUCUUCAGGCAUUCAAUAUUGAAGAAAUCCAAUGUCAAGAAGUAAAGAAAAUAGAACCUGAAGUGGAAGUAGAUGUAUCCUCAACUCAAGCAGUCUUGGUUCAUCUGGCCAACACAAAGCCUAAUCAGUUAGAAAAGGAGAUAUGUCAUGUUGUGGGAUGUGCCAUGAAGGGUGGCAAGAUGGCACCUGCAGUUGGUGCUCUGUCACAACUCUUAUUGUCCAGUAUCUCAGUGAAGCACGAUCAAGAGGCUGCAGCUGGGACCAGUCCACCAACUGCUCUCUUGUUAGACUGGUUACAAGUGUUGGAUCCAGAGUUAGAGAAGGGCUCUGAUCAGCUACAGCAAAUUUUACUUUUCAAAAAGCGCGGUAUUGAACGAAAGGAGGGAGGUUAUAGCCAGGCAUAUCUUUUGGCAGCUUUCACACACCAGGCACGAUGGGAUACACUAGAACACUGUGUUCGUGCACUUCUGCGUGUUCACUGCCCAACUUUAGAUUCUGCAGCGGUUUUAGGAUUUGUUUGGGCUGUGUUGCAUGUGCCCAAGUUAUGGCAAGGUAGGGAACGUCGUACACCUCGCCAUGCACCCCGAGAAACAUUGUUAAAUUUCAGUGUCUCGGAAGUUGUCCACAUAUCUCAGUACAUGAUUGCAGAGUGCCAAGCAGCCUUAGAAGCUGGACGUGGUACAGUAACUUUAGAAACACAUUUACCUUUGCUACUUCACUCUUUGGAUGAUUCACCUGUCUCAAUUCAAGCCUUGGCUGAGCAUCUAGCUAAGAUUUCUCAUGAAUCAGGUUCAAUGGGCCAAGCAGCUGGACACCUGUUGUACCACCUGUACUUAAGGAUGCCAAGAAUAAUUUCAUACUUGACACCAGGUACCAUUAACAGGGUUGUAUCAGCUGGUGCAUGCGGAGGCACAGCUCAGGAAAGUGGGGCAGAUGUUGCAUUACACACGCUCCUUACUAUGCUAGCUGCACCUGAGCCAGACAGAAAUUUUCGCCGGCGUAUGUGUGAUUUGGAGUCUGCAGUUCGAAAACAAGCUGCAUCUCAUCCUCUGAUUGUAUUACGCCAUCUUCCUUUGCUAGCUGCUUCUCUGAAAGGCACAAACCAUCUUCAGCUGACAGCAUUACGGGCAAGGAAUUACUUGGAGUUAUUUUCAAUGAUAUUGGGAGUGCUGGAGCUCCUUCAACCACUUCUGUUUGCCCCUCAGCACCAUAAAGCAUUAACUCCCACUUUAGACAGUUUUAUGGCUUUGUUUAAGGCUCAUCCUAGAACUCAUGAGUUGGGCCAUUUAUUGGUUAGAUUUUCUCAUCUCUUAAUGGAGUGGGUUGGGUGUCAGGGUGGCCCAGCUGGAACUUACCUUUGCUCUCACUCAAACUUACUCGCCACCCUGCAGAUGCAUCACCCUGAUAUUGCUGCUGUUCGUUCCUUGGCUGCCAUUGCUGCAGCUCGUGGUAUGGAUCAACCUAAAGAGUCGGCUUCAAAUCAGCAGUUUGGUUCUGAUCCCAGUUUGCCGGUUGGGGGUUCUCAUGGCCCAUUGCCACCACCAUGGAUAAUGGCACAGGUUGGGGAACUGCAAGCUAGACUUGAAGCUUCAGGAUUGCCUGAGGAUCAGUUAGACAUCCUUAGGAAAGUCAUUGACCUUCCAGACCGUUGGGUUAAUGCUGCCUUACCAUCUUUCACCCACACAUUUUGUGAAGGUAUUGUCAGUGAACACCGAGAGGUUCGUUGUCUCUGCUGGGAAUUAGUCUCUCGUUUACUACAUCAACGUCCUGCUUUAGGUGGUCGUGUUGGCCAGGCUGUAUUUUCUGCCCUCAGGAGUGAAGACAGUGCUGUUGUAGAAACUGCCUUAGAACACCUUCCUGAAGUUAUUUUACUUUUGCAUAACCAAGCUGCUGAUUUGUUGACUGCAGCAUUUGUUUCUACUUUAACAGCUUCUUCCAAUGCUACUGGUUCACUUAGUGAAGCUCUCACUUUACUACAUCUCCACACAGGGGCAUAAUUAUAUUUCCUUAAUUCAUGUAAUAAAAUUUUUUAUUCAAA